CUCUCACACACAUGCAAAGGCAAGGUGAACACUCUCUGUGACACACACACACACACACACACACAGUCACAGGCAAACAUUUGGACACACUGAUUGAACAGUCUCAGCUGUCAGAGGUGUGGCCACUGUAAUAGCAACAGCUACUGGCCCGUUAACUGCAAAAGGUUGAAGUCUUUCGGGUGUCAUCAUGGAGGUUAUUAAAGUAGAGACGCUGUUAAAAGUCCAGCAAUUACGGGAUCAGUUUGAUAACUUGGAAAAACACACCCAGUGGGGAAUCGACUUUAUAGAAAAAUACAACAAAUUUGUGAAGGAGAGAUCAGAGAUCGAGCUUAACUAUGCAAGACAGAUCAGGAAUCUGUCAAAGAAAUACCAGCCUAAGAAAAAAGAGGAGGACGAGAAUAAGUACACGUGGUGUCGUGCAUUUUAUUUUACGCUAAACGAACUGAACGAUUACGCCGGGCAGCAUGAGCUCGUCGCAGAGAACAUGACGUCACAGAUCAUCGCUGAACUCACACGAUACACACAGGAACUCAAAACAGAGAGGAAAACGCAUUUCCAUGAUGGACGAAAGGCGCAGCAACAAGUCGAAGCCAGUUGGAAACAGUUAGAAUUGUGUAAGAGGAAAUUUGAGCGGGAUUGUAAGGAGGCAGACAGAGCGCAGCAGUAUUUUGAAAAGAUGGACGCAGACCUCAACGUGACAAAAGCAGAUGUGGAGAAGGCGCGACAGCAGGCUCAGAUGAGACACCAGAUGGCUUCUGACAGCAAGAGUGAAUACUCUGCAUACCUGCAGAAAUUCAACCAAGAACAGAAUGAACAUUAUUACACCAUCAUCCCCAAUAUUUUCCAGAAGAUCCAGGAGAUGGAGGAGAAGAGGAUAGAUCGAAUGGGCGAUUCACUGAAAACGUUUGCAGAAGUGGACCGGCAGAUUCUGCCCAUCAUCGGGAAAUGCCUGGAUGGAAUGACACAAGCAGCGGAUUCCAUCGAAUCCAAGACCGAUUCCUCGCAGGUGAUAGAGUCUUAUAAGUCCGGCUUCGAGCCUCCAGGCGAUGUGGACUUUGAAGACUAUGGUCAGGCGAUGAAGAGGACGGUGUCCGAGACCAGCCUUACUAGCUCACGCCCAGACAUCAAGAGCGACCGACCGAGCAAGGGCAAGAGCAAAACUCUCUGGCCUUUUAUUAAGAAAAACAAGCUUAUGUCCCUGUUAACAUCCCCCGUACCUCGCCAGCCCCCCCCUGACCCCCCCUCACCUUCUGCUGUGUCCCUUGACCCCUGCCCCACUUCUCAGACCCCCAAACAGUCCAAGGAGCCCCUGUCCCACCGAUUCAACGACCUCAUGGCCUCCAAGUCCAAAAUGCACUGCCUCAGGAGCCUCCGGCGCGGGUCUGCCCACUCUCUCUAUUAUAAUAAAGAAAUUAUGAAGAGGACUCUUGGCCGGCCUACGUAUGCUUUCGAGGCCAGGCAGUAUGUCCUCUCUCUCAAGCUGGGUUCGAAUCCUGAAGACUUCAGUAAUCUUCCUCCAGAACAGAGAAGGAAGAAGCUUCAGGCGAAGAUAGAUGACAUCAAUAAAGACAUACAGAAAGAGAUGGACCAGAGAGAUGCUUUAACUAAAAUGAAGGAAGUGUAUGUGAAGAACCCACAGAUGGGGGAUCCCACCAGCGUGGACCCUCGGUUAGCAGAGAUUGGCCAGAACAUUGAUAAACUGCAGGUGGAGGCACAGAAAUUUGAGGGCUGGUUAGCGGAGGUGGAGGGACGGAUGCCAGUAAAAAGUGACCUGCCGCGGAGGACGAGCGCCCUAUACGAGACCCAAAACAGCACGCCACCCACCACCAACAACAACUGCACACAGGAUAGAGAGAGUCCGGAAGGCAGCUAUACAGAUGAGCAGAGUUCUGAGGUCCAGAACAAAGUCCAAACAGAACCGCCAGAGUUUGACGAGUUUGAUGAUGCCGAUGAAGAAAUUCUACCGACCAUCGGCACCUGCAAAGCCAUCUACCCAUUUGAAGGUCAUAACGAAGGCACCUUAGCAGUGACGGAGGGUGAGCUCUUGUAUGUAAUAGAAGAGGACAAAGGUGACGGCUGGACGCGUGUUCGGAGAAAUGAGGAAGAGGAGGGUUACGUCCCCACAUCCUACGUCGAAGUCUUUCUAGACUCAAAUGCCAAAGAGCUGUUUUACUGGAGAAGGGUUUAUCUUACUGAGGAUUCGUAAAGUAUGGAAGGAGGACUCAAUGGUGCAGGGCAAACAGCAACCACAUGUGGGGAAAACUACCGCCUACACUCCAUGACUUGCCCUAGAGUGAGACAGAUGAGAGACAGACAUAUAAAGAGAGCAAACAAAAGAGAGGAACAGUGAAAGAAGAGAGAGAGAGAGAGAGAGAGAUAGAGGUUAUAUGGACCUCGCUGCCUUUAUAAUUCUACUGCUGUAGAGUGAAACUUUAACAGCAAAAAAUCAGAGAAAUUAGAAAUAUUAUUAUUAUGACAUUGGAUUUAUUACCUGUCUGUUAUUUUAUAAUGAGGAAAAAAAUUAUUGCAUAUAUAAUUUUUUUGUUGUUGUUGCUUUCCGGCUCUCCAUUGCUGCUGAGCUUGCAGAGUUGAAGGCAAAAAUGUCAGGCCUGUGUGAAUGAGUGUAUGUGUGCGUUUGUGACUUGUUUCCGAUUCCCUGCCCUAUCCCAAACUAAAAUACCCUUAAAAUCCAAGGGAUGUGGUCUGUAAAAGGAGCUGAAUUUAAGAAUACAAGGAAAUUUGAUAUAGAGAAUUUUAUUUCAGAUCUCAUAAAAGCCUGCGUUCCAUCCAAAGUUGAAUAUUCCGACUUGAGAGCAUAAAGCGUUUUGUUAUCCGAUGCUUGGAAGAUGACCAAGAUAAACAAAAUGGCUAUGUUAGCAUUUGUUUCACGGGUGUACGAUUAUCAGCAGGGAGGAAAAUUGACCAUGUUUUACACAACUAUUACAAAACGUUUGUUUAUCAUAUUUCUUAGAAACUUUGUUUCGUUGGUGAAUUUUUUCGUUUAAAAGUGAUUGUUUUGAACUCAUUAACUAUUAAAUGUUUAACUGUCUUUGUGUGCUGGCAUGUAGGAAUGUGGAGUUGGAAUGUUUUUUCCAAGUUGGAAGUCCAGUUGGAUCCCAAGUGCCGUUUGGUUGCACGUUUCGAAGUAGCAAGUUGGAAAUUCCGACUUCAGCCACAGUCACACUAGGCUUUGAGCAUGCAAAAUUAUUACGGACACUGAAACUGAUAGGAUAUGAUAUUGUGCUUGAUGGCUUCUAGAUUGAUAAAAAUAAUAAACCACAAAUAGCAAAUAAUAUCAUAUUCACAAUGUUAAAAUAAAAACAUGCAACUUUAAAUAUGCAUAUAUAUUUAUAUAGUGCAUUGAGUCAAGAAGUCAAUAUUUAGCAUUUCGAUCUUCCGUCGGUCUUCUCAUCAUCCGAAUUCGCAAGUGAAUGGAGCGUAAAGUGUUGUGUGAACUUGGCAAGUUGAUUGAUGUCACUGGUUUUGGAAUUCUGUACAAAUUGGCUCCUCCAUCAGGCCACACCCCUUUAACUCUUUAACUCCACCUCCCAAGAUAACAACUGCUGGCUGUUGGUUGCUCCUAUUGCUGUGUUACAAAUCAUGGGUGGGGCUUCACUGGUUAAUAGCAUGUUUUCUGCCCUGACAACUGCUCUGUCUCCGCCCUUCCAGUGCAAUUACUAAAACCUUUGUCUGUGGACUCUGUUUACCAUCUUUUCUAACUAAUUUUGUCAUACAUGUUUUUUUAUUUUUGUGCCUUUGUCCCCUCAUAUGAUUUACAUUUUCAUUCAUCCAAACACUUCCUGCUUUUCCUUAACCGUCCAAUAGUUGCUCGGCACGCUCUAGCAAGCACUGUUUUUAUUGAUUUAUGUAGGGGAGGGGCUAUUUCUCUUAGCAAAUGAUUUAUGGUAUACACACAUGAAUAUGAAAAUGUCCUGUUAAUAUGAGUAUGUAUUUAUUGUGACGGUUGUUUUAUUCAUGUCUAUGGAAUGGUGGUGGUGUAGUGGUCUAAGCACAUAACUGGUAAUCUGGUAAUCAGUAGGAUGCUGGUUCGAGCCCCACAGCCACCACCAUUGUGUCCUUGAGCAAGGCACUUAACUCCAGGUUGCUCCAGGGGGAUUGUCCCUGUAAUAAGUCCCUGUAAGUCGCUUUGGAUAAAAGCGUCUGCCAAAUGCAUAAAUGUAAAUGUAAAUUUCUCUGGUUUUAUUCUGUGGAGUUCUCAGCUAAGAAUCCCGCAGCCUCAUUGGUUCAGCCGGGUUCGUUACCUUGGGAACAAGGUUCCAUAUGAAGUGUUGGGGGUUCCAUUUGUUACUCUGAGCCAAAUGUACAGGUUAACCAGACAUUUAACAUGCAUCAUGUGAGCUGCUAACCUGAACUAGACUCGAUGCUUGAUGUUUUUCAUUAAACUGAUUAAUUUUUCCUGUUUUAUUUUAAUACAUUGGUUUGAUGGAGAGGAGUCCGUUUAAUUUUAUAUUUUCAUCAUCUUCCACGACUACUCGCCACUUAAGGCACAUACAUAAUUAAAAUAAAAAAAUUAUUCUCUCACUCAAUCAUUUUGGGUCCAGGAGAGGUUCUGCAUAAUUUUUCAUUUUUAGUAUUUUGUUUUAUUUUUUAAGGAUGGCUGAAUCUAAUCAGGUUUGAAGCCCAGUACAUUUGAAAAUCGUUGUCAUGUCACAAAACUGCUAUUUGAUGCUGAAAACUUUUAUUAAAGUAUGUUUUUGAAGCGCUUACUGAUGAGUAUAUUUUAGGUUGAAUGGAUGGAGCAGCCUAAUAACUGACUGACUAGCUGUUCGUGGAUCUGUAAAUAUGAACGUGUGUAAUAAAUGAGAGGAUGUUUUGAGAAGCAGAGAACAUCUCACCAUUUUUUUACGCUGCCAGGAUCACCACAUGGCACACACACACACACACACAGCCAGCUGAGCUUAAAUGUUGCCUAUGAGUGACAAAAAUCAAUUGCCCUCUGCCCCUAUACCCACUCUUUUGGGUUACAAAACACCAUUCCAAAAUCAGAGAACUAUAUAUAUAAUUAUAUAUAUAUAUGUAUAUCUAUACAUACAAGUCUAUAAAUAAGAGUGAACUACCAAACCACUGUAAGAGUCUAUUUUUAAAUUUGAUUAAUAUUGUCCUGGUUUCUUUUUCUCUGCUUUGCUAAAUGAAUUAAAAAAAAAAAAUUGUCUUGUUUGGUGGGGUCUGCCAAAUGUUUGUUUUGCACUUUUUCUGUUUGUUAUGCCUGUGUUUUGGAGCACUGAAUACUUUGUAUGUGUUAACUGUGCCAAUUAAAAAUAGAGGGAAAAAAAUCCAAGAA